GCGUGGAAGAACCGUAUUGUAAAAACACAGCAGAAGACGACCCACAAACUGGCAGCCUUUUAACCUCUUUGAAGACCAAAACCAUACCACUAAGAAACAAAAUUAAGGUCAUCAAGGCGAUUAUCAGACCUACCUUAACCUAUGCUUUCCCAGUCUGGAGUGGCUGCUUGGACUCAAUGAGUCUCUUACUUGAGAGAGGACAGAACACAGCCUUGCGGAUUGCUGCGAGAGAUUCAAUCUUCACCAGAGCUGCAGAUCUUCACACAGAGCUGGAUAUUGAGGUGCUGGAUGAACAUCUUCUGAAGCUGAACAGAAAGUUUCAGAAGCUCUCCGGCAUCACGGAGAAUCCAUUCGCCCGGGGGUACCCCCGACCCAUCACAGCGCUGUAGUGAACUCCAUAACCGCCCCCCAUCCAUUCCAGCGCUGCAUCUGUAAUGCCUGUUCGAGAUCAAGACGUCAUCUCAAUCCGCGAUUUAAAAUUUAAACCACGGCUUCAGAGUAAUAAGGGAACUGUCUCGGGAUCUGAACAUGUUGCUCCUGGAUUAAAUCUGGUCGUCAGACAAGAAGCUCUGUGGAGAGCUGUUGUUGCUGCUGGAUCUGAAGUGCCAUUCGUCUCCUCACAGGACUGGCACUGAAGAAGCAGCAAGAUGAAGCGUACAGAAAACUAUUUCAUGGAUCGUCCUCAGCCUGGGAAGGCUGAACGGAAAGAAAGAGAUUUAAACGCCAGGCACUCUGGAAGCAUGAAGACGGGUUAUAAGGAAGAACUUCCUGGGAUGCCAUUCGAUCAUCGAGCACGCAAGAGGAAGAAACCCUCUUCAACUGCAAGAGACAGCUCUGAGGACAGGCUAGAGAGAGAUGACUGCUCACCAAAGAGAGUCCGGCGCCAGCGGAGGGGGAGUGUCAGCUCAGAAGCAAGUGACUGCUCCGUGGAUAGUGCACUGGAAAGUGACUGCUCUGUGGAUAGCGCACUGGGAAGUGACUGCUCUGUGGAUAGCGCACUGGGAAGUGACUGCUCUGUGGAUAGCGCACUGGGAAGUGACUGCUCUGCUGGUAGCCCAGCAGAAAGUGUCAACUCUUUGGAAGGUGCUUUGGAAACUGACUGUUCUGUUGAUAGCAAAUUGGCAAGUGACUGCUCUGUGGACAGACCAAUGGAAAGUGAUACGUCUGUGAGCAGGACAGAGAACUCCAACCCAGAGCCAUCUGUCUCCUCACAUGACCAGCACCAUGGAAACAGGACGAUGGAUGACGAGUCGUUUAAAAAAAUAUUCAAGAAAUUAUUGGAAAGACGGACCUACAUGUGGAGAAAGGCCCUUUUGAAUAAAAGAGACUACUCUAAGGGCAGGUCAGUGGGGUCCAGGAAAAGCCCUGAGGCAAGAGUGACCUCAGCAACAAGUCGCUGCUCUGUGGGUAGCCCCGAGACAACUCGCUGCUCUGUGGAUAGCCCUGAGGCAAGUGACUGCCCUGUAGAUAGUCCAAGUAUCGACUCAGUCAGAAGAGUCAGCCCACAAAAGCCUCAGAGGUCCCAGACAUUGGGUAGCCCAUUAGCUCCUGUGAACUCAGCAACCAGUGACUGCUCUGUGGACUGGAUACUGAGCUUCACCUCUGGAAGAAGCAGGGUUAAUGGCUCUGAAAACAUCACCACAGAAGUGGAAAUGGAAGUCCUUGAAAAAACCUCUUUAAAAACCUUUUUGAUGGCUUCUCAUCGGAGGGCUGCUGCUGCUGGAUCUGAAGAGGUCCAUGCUUUUAGCCAGCUGGCUACCUAUGUAAGAAACUUCAUUAAAGAGUACCCGGAAGACCUGGAAAGGAUCUCGAAGGAUGAUCUUAACAACUUGAAUGAAAAAGACUCUUUCACGGCUUCUCUUCUGCCUCCAAGCUCCCCAGCAAGGGUCAUCUCUAUGGACAGCCCAAUGGCUAGUGUGAGCUCAGUGGCCAGUGACUGCUCUGAGGACAGGUUUAUAAACUUCAGCUCAGGAAACCCCCAGUCUUCUCAGCCUUGCAGGCACUGUGGAAGCAGCAGGAUGAAUGAAGGGUUGCAGAGAGACCACAGCUCAUUCAAAAAGCCUUUUCCAGGGAAAAACGCUUUUAUCAGGAGAAGCAGUCAGAGCUCCUUGCCAAAGGCUAGCCCUGCAGCUAGUGAGGCCUAUGUAGAUAGUCCACUGGCGAGUGUGAGCUCAGUGGCCAGUGACUGCUCUGAGGACAGGUUUAUAAACUUCAGCUCAGGAAACCCCCAGUCUUCUCAGCCUUGCAGCGCCCCAGCAAGGGUCAUCUCUAUGGACAGCCCGUUGGCGAGUGUGAGCUCAGUGGCCAGUGACUGCUCUGAGGACAGGUUUUUGAACUUCAGCUCAGGAAACCCCCAGUCUUCUCAGCCUUGCAGGCACUGUGGAAGCAGCAGGAUGAAUGAAGGGUUGCAGAGAGACCACAGCUCAUUCAAAAAGCCUUUUCCAGGGAAAAACGCUUUUAUAGGGAGAAGCAGUCAGAGCUCCUUGCCAAAGGCUAGCCCUGCAGCAAGUGAGGCCUAUGUAGAUAGUCCACUGGCGAGUGUGAGCUCAGUGGCCAGUGACUGCUCUGAGGACAGGUUUUUGAACUUCAGCUCAGGAAACCCCCAGUCUUCUCAGCCUUGCAGCUCCCCAGCAAGGGUCAUCUCUAUGGACAGCCCAAUGGCUAGUGUGAGCUCAGUGGCCAGUGACUGCUCUGAGGACAGGUUUAUAAACUUCAGCUCAGGAAACCCCCAGUCUUCUCAGCCUUGCAGCUCCCCAGCAAGGGUUAUCUCUAUGGACAGCCCUAUGGCUAGUGUGAGCUCAGUGGCCAGUGACUGCUCUGAGGACAGGUUUUUGAACUUCAGCUCAGGAAACCCCCAGUCUUCUCAGCCUUGCAGGCACUGUGGAAGCAGCAGGAUGAAUGAAGGGUUGCAGAGAGACCACAGCUCAUUCAAAAAGCCUUUUCCAGGGAAAAACGCUUUUAUCAGGAGAAGCAGUCAGAGCUCCUUGCCAAAGGCUAGCCCUGCAGCUAGUGAGGCCUAUGUAGAUAGUCCACUGGCGAGUGUGAGCUCAGUGGCCAGUGACUGCUCUGAGGACAGGUUUAUAAACUUCAGCUCAGGAAACCCCCAGUCUUCUCAGCCUUGCAGCGCCCCAGCGAGUGUCAUCUCUAUGGACAGUCCACUGGCGAGUGUGAGCUCAGUGGCCAGUGACUGCUCUGAGGACAGGUUUUUGAACUUCAGCUCAGGAAACCCCCAGUCUUCUCAGCCUUGCAGGGCUGCUGCUGGAUCUGAUGCUCCCCCUGUCUCUUUACAUGACACUGGAAGCAGCUGGCUGGAUACAAUUGAAAUGACCUUCACAGAUUACCAUUUUUUAGAGGUUAAUGACCUUCAAAGCAGCCCAAACACAACCUCUUGGAGUGCUCCUACUCCUGUCUACUGUCAAGACUCUUAUUAUGAAGACAUAGAAGACCGUUUUAGUAUCAUAGAGGACUAUUUGAUCAACUUAAAUGAAAAAGCCUCUAGAACUGCUUCUGCUUCUCCUUCACUUCCGAGAAUGGCAGCAAAGGAAAUGAUCAUUGCAGAGACAGCAUCUGAUACGUUGGUGAACUCAAGUGGAAAACCGAACACACAGCGCAAGCCAGCCCUGAGCAAGACAACCCAGCGCAAGACACCCCAGCCAAAUCACAACUCGAAACCUGAUAGCAGUGUGAAUAAAGAAAACUCAGCGAGACCUGACUUUUACAACCAGGGAACUGUCAGCUCAUCAGCACAUGGCGACUUUAUAAACAACAGGGCAAACUUCAGGAAACCAUUUCACUUCUGUGACUGCACAGGCAGCAGAAACAGCAUCACAUGUAAUGUUUGAGGCUGAACAGGCAGCAGAAACAGCAGCAUCACAGUUAAUGUUGAAGGGUGUACAGACACCAGCAGAAGCAGAAGCAUCACAGUUAAUGUUGAAGGGUGUACAGACACCAGCAGAAGCAGAAGCAUCACAGUUAAUGUUGAAGGCUGCACAGGUAGCAGAACACGCAAAUGAAAUGUUCAUGGGAGCACAGAGAGCCACAGAAGCAGCAGCAUCACUGCUAAUGUUCAGGGAAGCACAGAGACCAGCAGAAACAAAUGUAAUGUUCAGUGAAGCAUGGGAAGCAGCAGCAGCAUCAAUGGUAAUAUGUAAGGUUGCACAAAGAGCAGCAGCAGCAUCACAGCUAAUGUUUAAGGCUGCACAAAGACUAGCAGAGGCAGGUGUGCUGUUCGGGGAAGUACAAAGAGAAGCAACAGCAUCACUAUUAAUGGUGAAUGCUGCACGUAAAACAGCAAUUGCAUCACAAUCAAUGUUUAAGGUUGCACUGGGAGCAGAAAAAGCAGCAUUUGCAAUGUUCACGGAAGCACAGAGACCAGCAGAAGCAAAAGAAUCACAGGAAAUAUAUAUGGCUGUACAGGCAGAAGCAGCAGCAGCAGCAGCAGCAGCAUCACCGUUCAUAUUUAAGGCUACACAAAGAGCAGCAGCAGAAAGGCAAUUCCAGCGUUGUAGAUCAUCUAACCAUUGCACACAAUAUGUACAUUUGCAACCAUACACAAGAACGCCCUUCAUUAAUUAAACAAACAUUGCUGGCUAUAUAGAUGAAGUGCUUUUUAAACCAUGUCCUAGUACAAUGGGUAUAGGGUCUUAUUGUCUUUUCUGGUUGGUUAAGAAAGGUAAUUAAAGGGGAAUGUCUUUUUUCUGAUUGGUUAAGGAAUGGUAUAAUAAGGCGCACAUGUGUAUUCAAUCUUUGAUUCUGUUAUGACCUGUGCUUGGGGAAAAUUGAAUACCCAACUGUUCGAUUGUAUUGAAUAAAAUAUCUUUGUUGAAAUCUACAA